AUGGUAUCCUCAGUACCUAAGAAAUGGCAGCUGAUCUCCUGGCAAAAGAAGGAUGAGCAAUUCUAUCGCAUACCUUGCGAAUGGCGGUUACGCCGCGCGCCUUCUGCGGAUGUCGCGAGUUACAUGAAGAUACCGAGGGAGUGUGGGCUGUUGAACAAGGAAGAGAUCAGGAUCACGGAGGAGUAUGAUGCAACGAGUUUGGCGGAGGCGAUUCGGAAGAGGGAGGUGCGGUGUGUUGAUGUUUCCCGCGCUUUUUGUAAGAGAGCAGCAGUUGCCCACCAGCUCACAAACUGCCUCACUGAGAUUCUAUUUGAUGAUGCCCUGAAGAGGGCAGAAGAGCUGGACGCACAUCUCGCCACCGGGAAACCGCCACUUGGCCCUCUACAUGGCGUGCCGGUCUCACUCAAGGAUACCUUUAAAAUCAAAGGGUACGACGCAUCGAUCGGACUAGCCGCGCUUUGCUUUAAGCCCGCAACUGAAAACUCCCCACUCGUAGAUAUUUUAUUGAAAGCCGGAGCAGUACCCUACUGCAAAACAAACAUUCCUCAAACUCUCAUGGCCCUCGACUCUCACAACAACGUCUUCGGGCGCACACUCAACCCUCUCAACACCCGCGUCACCGCAGGCGGAAGUUCCGGUGGCGAAGGUGCGCUGCUCGCACUCCGCGGUUCCGUGCUGGGCGUUGGCACUGAUGUCGGUGGCUCGAUCCGCAUUCCGGCUAUGUGUAACGGGACAUUUGGCAUCAAGCCGAGCUGGCAGCGCGUUCCGUACGCGGGGCAGGAGGGUGGUACACCGCCUGCAUUAUCGAAACUAAGCAUUCCAGCAAGCGCGGGGCCAUUGGCGAAUUCGAUGCGGGAUAUUGAACUGUUUUUCCGGGUGGUGGCGGAGAGCAAGCCAUGGGAGCUGGAUGCAGAUGUUGUGCCGGGUCCCUGGAACUCGCUCACAAGUAUUCAGGGAAGGAGAAUGACGGUCGGUGUUGUGAGGAGGGAUGGCGUUAUGGAACCGCAUCCACCGAUACUGAGGGUCCUGGAUGAGGUGAAGGGAAGCAUGCAGGGCGCAGGGAUUGAGAUGGUGGAGAUGGAUAUCACGCCGCUCUUUAAGCAGUGCCAGUCGCUCGCCAACGCACUGUUCGGCGUUGAAGGCGGAAACGCGAUGUUCGAUCUCAUCGAAGCAACUGGCGAACCGCUUUCUCCGUGGCUACAAACCCGACUACGUCGGAAAGCUCCGCUAUCGCUGGAAAAGAUUCGGGAAUUACAAGCAAAGAGGACUGAGCUGCAGAAGCAGUUUCUCAAGAUAUGGAAAGAUGGGCAGGGGAGGGAGAUUGAUGCUUUCAUCUGUCCUGUCGCGCCUCAUCCCGUCCCGCCGAUCGACCGCUACAAUGGCGCAAGUUACACGAGCUCAUUUGUGCUUCUAGACUAUCCGGCAGGAGUGGUGCCGGUGAGGAGGUUUGAGAAGAGAGAUACGAAGGGCGAAAUGCCGAAGACGAAACCGAUUGGGACUUGGGAUAAAGCGAAUAGGGAGCUCUGGGCGGACUUCGAUCGAGUAGUCUACAUUAGCACGCCACUUUGUAUACAGGUUGUGGCACCGAAGCUAGAAGAGAGACGCCUUUGUGAAGUCAUGUCGGCCAUUGAUAACGCCUUGAAACGAGAAGCCAGCACGCCAGUAUCCAAGCUGUAA